UGGCCCAUGUGCCGUUUUCUGGUUCUGCAUGACUUUGUGUGGGUUCCUAAAUCACUCUUUGGAUCUAAACCUGUCACUCCUGGCUUUCUGUUAGAAUUGUAACUGGACACCCUCCUUAUCAGUACAGUGAGGAGUCGACAUUCCUGCUUGUUGAUGUGUGAUGCAGGUACCUCCCACUUCUGGUCCACAGCAAAUCCUGAUGACAAGGUUAAAACCCGGAAGGCUGGUUCAACAGUUACAAGGUUUCCGCUUCUCUGCAGUCAUGACUACACAAUUUAACAAAGCAGUAGAAGAAGUGAAGGUGCUGAAAACACGACCCAACAGAGGCGAAUUGACUGAACUCUAUGGUCUAUACAAGCAGGCCACAGUUGGGGAUGUCAAUACAGAAGGUCCAGGGUUUCUCGACUUUGCGGGGAAAGCAAAAUGGGAUGCGUGGAAUGCAAAGAAAGGUCUGUCCAAGGACGACGCCAUGGCUGCCUAUGUGGAAUUGGUGGAAAGGCUGAAGGCACAAUAUGGAAUAUAGAAUCAUUUCUGUAUUGGAUCUUCCACCCUGACGCAUUUGGAAAGAAUAUAUUUACAACUGCGUACGCAAGUUGAAGCUCUCUUCUAAUGUCAUGGUGAUGGUACGGGAGAAGGGUGCCACUGUUUGCAAAAAAACACGAGAACCAUAGAACACAUGAAAUGAACUGCUACUUCAAAUUGAUUAUAUGAAGCUGGAAUAAAACCUUUUAAAAUAGUCUUAUUUCAGCUUCUUUUAAAAUACACUUGUGGAUGAGGUUGGGAAUGGACGCAAUAUAUAGUUGGGUCCAGAUGUAUUCAAGACCCAGCCAAAUUUGGACCCUCACAUUGGUCUCCCCAGAGCAGCUGUGGUCACCACAUCUCUCAGACUUAACUGACCCAUUAAAAGCUACAUUGGUUA